AGCAGAGACGUCGAGGAAGAGAAGAAGAAGGAGACCAUGUUGAUUAAAAAAAAAGUAGGCGGGAUUUGUUUGAGGUACACUUCAGUCACGGAAAGAGCUGCUAUAAAUCAUUUAUUUGGAGCAACGGGAAAUGCUGUGUUUGUUUUAAACAUAACAGCGAACCCGGGUGACGCAUUUUGAGUUGUUGGCUGGCUUUGAUUGGGAAGCCCCUUGAUCAUGGUCACACUCCCACGAGUGACACUUUGACCUCCAGACGUGUGGUGUCCACGCAGAAACCAGCUGGUGCAGGACGCAAAGAAGGGGGCGAUUUUUUUUUUGGUUUAAUAUUUGUUCACAUAUAAUUUUUCUAUAUUGUGAGCAAGUAUAUUAAUGGAAAUAUGUCUUCAUUUUGAAGAGUUUCUUUUGUACAAAGUUUUUUUUUUUUGUGGGUGUGUUUCUUACACUUCGGUCACUCUUGUUAGAGGGGACCAAAUUGCACGUACGUACGUGUGCACAUGUAAAUAUCAUUGGUUGAUUGCUUAUUAAGCUGUCAACUUAAGAAAACAUUGUUAACACUUUAUUCAUCUUUUGUUUUUACAUUUUGAAGAUAACUUUAGUCAGAAAAACCUAAGAGGCAAAAACAUAGCCUCGAAGGAACAUCUGACUAAAUAAAGCAAAGAAAAUAAAAAUAAACAAAAAUGGCUACCGCAACAACAAAAAGUGUUGACCCACCUGCCUUGGGAUUGAACAAGCAGAACGGGCAACUCAGAGGACAGACCAAACCAGCUUCAGUGCAGCCAGGAUCGUCAACUCAAGCAACUGUGUUGGGUGCCAUCCAGAAAGCAGGUACUACCUCCCAAGAAAGAGGUACCAUUAUGUUUGGAGACGACUGGAAAAAGAGUCUCCAGAUCCCUCUGAAAGACACCAGGGCCAAAACUUCAGACGUCACAGCUACUAAGGGGAAUGAAUUUGAAGAUUAUUGUCUCAAAAGAGAACUUCUGAUGGGCAUUUUCGAGAUGGGCUGGGAGAAGCCAUCUCCUGUGCAGGAAGAGAGUAUUCCCAUUGCGCUGUCUGGAAGGGAUAUUUUGGCUCGGGCCAAGAAUGGAACAGGAAAAAGUGGAGCCUAUCUCAUCCCAUUGCUGGAAAGGAUAGACCUGAAAAAGGACUAUAUACAAGCAAUGGUGGUGGUGCCAACUCGAGAGUUGGCGCUGCAGGUGAGCCAGAUCUGCAUUCAAAUCAGCAAACACCUCAGAGGAGUCAAAGUCAUGGCCACCACCGGGGGAACCAACCUACGAGAUGACAUCAUGCGCCUGGAUGACAUCGUGCAUGUCAUCGUUGCCACGCCUGGCAGGCUUCUGGAUUUGAUCCAGAAAGGAGUGGCAAGAGUGGAUAGAGUGCAGAUGUUGGUGAUGGAUGAAGCUGACAAGCUGCUGUCUCAGGAUUUUGUGGUGCUCAUUGAAGAUAUCAUUAGCUUCCUGGCCAGGAACAGGCAGAUCCUGCUGUACUCUGCAACCUUCCCCAUCAGUGUGCAAAAAUUCAUGAGCAAUUACCUGCAGAAACCAUAUGAGAUCAACCUGAUGGAUGAGCUGACUCUGAAGGGGAUUACUCAGUAUUACGCCUUUGUCACAGAGAGACAGAAAGUCCAUUGUCUCAACACACUCUUCUCCAGGCUCCAGAUCAACCAGUCGAUCAUCUUCUGCAACUCCACGCAGAGGGUGGAGCUCUUAGCAAAGAAGAUCACAGAGCUGGGCUACUCCUGCUUCUACAUCCACGCUAAGAUGAUGCAGGAAUAUAGAAACCGUGUGUUCCAUGACUUCAGGAAUGGACUCUGCAGGAACCUGGUCUGUACCGAUCUCUUCACUCGGGGUAUCGACAUUCAGGCUGUGAACGUGGUCAUCAACUUUGACUUUCCAAAGAAUGCAGAAACGUACCUCCAUCGUAUUGGAAGAUCAGGGAGGUACGGUCAUUACGGUUUGGCCAUUAACCUGAUCACAUUGGAAGACCGCUUCAACCUAAAGAGCGUCGAGGACCAACUGGUGACUGACAUCAAACCCAUACCUGGCAUCAUCGAUAAGGGUCUCUACGUGACCGAGUUCCACUGCACCACCUGUGGCUGCCAAGCGGAGGAAUUCUCAGAAAGAUCAGGACGCCAGCGGUACCACACCUAAAGCUGGAUACAGCAGGCUUUUGCACACAGGCUUCGGUCGGGCACCCCUUCAACAUCUCACUUAUUUUCACAGCCGCCACAAAACAAAAAAAUCCUUAUUUGCAUCAAACCUCAUUUUGGUCCUUGUGAGCUUACCACUCAAUUUUUUUUUCCUGCAAAAUAUGAACAAUUCUAUUUUGAACCAGUCAUACUUGGAAAUUGCCAGCCGAAAGGUCGAUCUCUUUAACGUCAAAGCACCAGCCAUUGUUGCGUACGCUGUUACCACUUAAGUGCCUUACUUCCUGCCAUGUCAUUGACUUGGAAUUUCCAAUGUCUAAGCUUUCUUUUUGCAAUAUCUUGGAUGCUCAAGAUGGAAUUGAGUUAUUUGCAGUUCCGUCGAUCUGAGGACAAAAUGAAAAUUGGUGAGUGGAUAUGCCAACUCUGCCGCAGAGUGGAUGAACGCCAAGCGCUUGAGCAUAUUACCGGACACCAUUUUGUUUUGUUGGUGGAGUACGGUAGUAAAAGCAGCCUUCAGUUUGCUUUGUGCAGCUGCAGCAAUACACAUUUCUCGUUUUGUAUGCGGCAAAUCCCAUUUUGCGGAGGAGAGGACUAUUUUUUUUUUUUUUGUGGGUCGGUUGGGGUUCUGGAUUUGAAAGCAGAAUUGUAGCAUUGAAGAGGCAGCUGCGAAUUUUUUGUCCUCCCCUAACUGAGAUGAAAAAUAUAGUUUUGCAAUUUCUAUUUUUUUUUCCUCAAUUCUUUUCUGGGUGUGAGUCACGAUAAGAUGUUGGCACUGGGUUGGGGUGGGUUUCCAGGACGCAAUAGAUCAGAUCCCCGUUUUAUUUAUUUUUCAACAGAAAGUACUGGUUAAAGAUCCUUUUACAUUUUUUUAUUUACUAUUGAGGUGAUUGAUUAUGGAUAUGGAUACCUAAAUUGUUUACAAUCCCACCCCCCUCCAAAA